AGCUGAACGGUUGGAACAAGAUGACGCUGAAGGCAAAAUGAGCUGCUGUGCUGAAGCAUGUGACCCAGCAGCCAGUCAACACCGCUUGGUCUGUUUCUCAAGCAAGCACUAGUGAUGGUUAUCAACAACGUAUUGGAUGUUCUACAGGAGAGCAUUACUAAGCAGUUAGGUCCGAAGACGACUAACAACUGGUUUACCAUAUAAAAAUAUAAAAGGUGCUAAACGAAUGGCGUACAUAACUAAAGACGAAAGGGAGCGCGAUGGUCUUGUGAAACACACCGGAGGUUGCCACUGUGGCGCGGUGCGGUUUGAGGUGUGGAGCGCUCCGCAUUUACACGUGUUCAAUUGCAAUUGCAGUAUUUGUACAAAGAAACAGAAUCGCCACUUCAUUGUGCCAAAAUCCCAGUUCACCUUGCUGCAGGGCUCAGACAACAUAACCACGUACACAUUUAACACACACGUGGCCAAGCACACAUUCUGCAAAACGUGUGGCGUCCAGAGUUUCUACACUCCACGUUCCAACCCUGAUGGGUUUACAGGUGUGGCAUCUCAUUGUUUGGACCCUGGAACAGUGAGCAGUGUCACUGUGGAAGAUUUCUGUGGGCAGAACUGGGAAGAAAGUAUGCAGAAGCAUCAAACUAUAAGAAGCAUGUCAAAACCAACAACAGACAAAUAACUCACUUUUUCCAUUGGCCAGUGAAGCCCUAAGAUUAAAUUGUACUCUCCUGCUUCGUAAGGCAUUUUAUCAAUAUAUUAGUGACAACACGAAUAGACCUUGAGGUUUUGCGCCUUUUGUUUAUUACCUUUGACUGAGGCCUCCUACUGUAUAUGCUAGUGUACUCCUAAUUGUUAACAAAAUUCACUUUUAGGGAUAUAUACAUAAAUAUUUAUCUUCUGAGAAAA